UACAAAAAAAUGAUUAACCUCGUCCUCUUAACUGAUAAUGGUAGGUAUUCUUAUAUCAAUUGACAUCUUUCCUCCCCUAAUUGCUACUUACCAAAGAAAGAAAAGACACCUCAGGAAGCGACACGUACGUCGGUGGCAGUGACAUGGCGACAACUCGUCGAGUUCUUUCGCUCCAACCGUCGCACGGCCGGUUUUCAACCUCUCCAGCUUUAUCGCUUCUCCUCCUGUUUUCCCACAUCCACCAUCAAAAUCCCAUUCUUUUUCUGUCCUCCUGAAUCCGUCUUCGAAGAAGCAAAAGGAAAUUGACGAACACACAAAGCCGCGAGAGAGAGAAUAUGAACGACAACGCCGAGGAUGGGUUCAGGAAGCCAUUGCUGAACACCGGAAGCUGGUAUCGGAUGGCGUCGAGGCAGUCCAGCAUCAUGGGAUCAGCCACCCAAAUGAUGCGCGAUGGCUCCGUCUCCGUCCUCUUUUGCGUCCUCGUCAUCGCCUUGGGCCCUAUUCAAUUCGGCUUCACGUGCGGGUACUCUUCCCCUACGCAAUCUGGAAUCAUCAGCGAUCUUGGACUUUCCAUAUCAGAGUUUUCUUUAUUCGGUUCGUUAUCGAAUGUGGGCGCGAUGGUUGGUGCGAUAGCCAGUGGGCAGAUUGCGGACUACAUUGGGAGGAAAGGGUCACUUAUGAUUGCCUCAAUACCUAAUAUAAUCGGGUGGCUAGCUAUUUCAUUCGCCAAAGAUUCCUCAUUUCUAUUUAUGGGAAGGCUGUUGGAAGGAUUCGGUGUUGGGAUAAUUUCAUACACGGUGCCCGUAUAUAUAGCUGAGAUAGCACCUCAAAACAUGAGAGGAAGCCUUGGAUCUGUGAACCAGCUUGCUGUGACAAUUGGAAUAAUGCUGGCAUAUUUGUUGGGACUUUUUCUAAAUUGGAGAGUCCUUGCGGUUGUUGGAAUUUUGCCGUGCACAGUUUUGAUACCUGGUUUGUUUUUUGUACCAGAAUCUCCUCGUUGGCUGGCUAAGAUGGGAAUGGCAGAAGAUUUUGAGACUUCUUUGCAAGUCUUACGGGGACUUGAUGUGGAUAUUUCUGGGGAAGUAAAUGAGAUCAAGAGGUCAGUGGCAUCCUCAGGAAAAAGAGCUACCAUUCGAUUUUCUGAUCUUAAGUGGAAACGUUAUUGGUAUCCCUUGUUGAUAGGAAUUGGAUUACUUGUGCUCCAGCAACUCAGUGGUAUCAAUGCUGUUCUGUUUUAUUCCACCAACAUUUUCGAAUCUGCUGGAGUUUCAUCCAGCAAUAUUGCAACAUUUGGACUUGGUACUCUUCAGGUUAUUGCCACUGGGGUGACUACAUGGCUGAUGGACAAAGCCGGUCGCCGGCUUCUUCUUACAGUGUCCUCAUCCAUAAUGACUAUCAGCCUCUUCCUUGUUUCCAUUUCAUUUCUUUUAAAGGGUUACAUAUUGCAAGAUUCUCCUUUCCAUAGCUUCUUGGGAAUACUGUCACUGACUGGACUUGUGGCUUUUGUAGCUGGCUUCUCUUUGGGCGUUGGAGCUAUCCCUUGGGUUAUUAUGUCUGAGAUUCUUCCUGUAAAUAUUAAAGGCCUUGCUGGUAGUGUAGCAACAUUGUUGAAUUGGAUGACAGCAUGGGGGGUUACAAUGACAGCAAAUUUACUCUUGGUGUGGAGCAGAGGAGGGACCUUCGCCAUCUACACUGUGGUGUCAGUUUUCACUGUGGUAUUUGUGCAACUUUGGGUUCCAGAAACUAAAGGAAGAACCCUAGAGGAAAUUCAAUCGUCCUUCCGAUGAUGAGAUUGUUUGUUGAAGCACAGUUUUUCA